CUGGGGCAAAAAAGACAACUCCACAUGCUCCAACUGCAGGCGACUGAUCAUCUAUUCUUGUUAAAUUAGGAGCAGAAACACCCACCACCGUUUGACUGUGAUACUUGGCUCCAGUCAAUACAUGGAAUGCUGCGCAGGAGGAACAAAAUGAUGAUGAGCAUGUUACACAAUGAAAAGUAGCUCUUCCAAGGCUGCUGAGGUGGUGAUGUUUGCAUUCGAUACACUGUGUCUUACAAACCCCAAAGACUGGAGCUGUUUGAAGAUGAUGUAAAAAUAAAGGUGGCGUUACCCUUUAGAAAGAGUAAUUAUGGGACCAGGCAUUCAAGAAUAUCCUUUAUUGCUGCACGGAGAGACACAGAAAAAGGAGAGCCAAAUCAAUGAAAGCCACAAAGGAAUGGUAAAUAAUGGAAAAAGCCAUCUGAGCACCAAAGGACUAAAUAAACCAAUUUUGUAUAUGAAACCUUCUCCUGGAAGAUUAGACAAAAAUGUAUCAAGUGCCAUUGAAAAGAUUCCACAUGACACUCAAGAUGGUAACCAACCAACUAUUCUUAAGAAGGGAAGAAACAUUCUGGAUGACAGUACUCAGCUAAAGAGGACCACAGGUGUUUGCACGUCACUGCACACAGUACAAGGACCAAAGAGGAGUCUCCCAGAAAGAAGGCAGAAUGAAUCUUUUAUCCACAGGAUCCCUCUUAGCACAAAGGACAGCACACAAGGUAGCUUCUGCAGGGUUAAAGACUUCCCAGUGCAACAUUUUUACGGCAGUAAAAAAGAACAGUUGGAAAAGAAUCACAAAGAACAUGUUGCUGUAGCUGGUCCAUGCUCUUCUAAAUGGCAGGAAGCAUCUGUACAUGAAAUGUUUCUUGAUUUUGAAUCAGUACAAAUUAUUAAAGAAGAUGCUGAAGAUGAUAGUGCCAGUGAUCUCUCUGAUUCAGAAAGGAUUCCCAUUCCCCCAUCUCCCUGCACACCACCAGAACUCAUUCUCAGAGCUGAAGAAAUUGAUCCAGUUUGUUUGGAACAUGUCCCUGAUACAGGUUUUAAAGAAUCAGAAUAUUACUACCCAGACUUCCUUCCACCCCCUUUCAACUCAUGGGACUUAAAGCAACUGGCCAUCUUCGUUAAUGUGGAGGGUAAAACUGAAUUUCGACCAAAGCCAAGAGGAUUUCUUCAGAAAUACAUUGAUCGCCUUUUGCAGCUGGAAUGGCUGCAGAUGCAAACUGUACAGAACGAGAAAGGAAAGGCAGCCAAAGCCAGGCCACAGACUGCUCCUCGCUCUGUCCGUACCCUAAAAAGCCCUGGCAAAGGCAAAGCAUUGCUCAGCCCUUUGCCUAACAAGCAGCUGGUUCCCCAAGAAAGUGUUACAAAGCUUCCCAGAAGCUAUUUGGGUCACAAGGGAGAUUCAUACUGUGAAAAAAGUCACCAGUUAUAUUCUCAUGCAGGUCACUUGAAGCUUUCUGAGAGAACGGGGUGUGCAAUGUCUUCUCAGAGACAAUCUGGAGAAGUAAGGAGUGAACUGAAAAAAAAACCAGCUGCAAAGCAACAGCUUCUCAAUGUGGAGCCCUCCGAGAAUGGUUCUAAAAUUCAAAGUGUUGGUAAUAUCAGACCGCCUAAGCAAACCCCAGUAUUUCAUGGUUCAGCUGCUCCCAUCAGAGGCUUAAAAACAUAUGCGUGUACAAAUCCAAAGAAAAAUGGCAAUGUCAACAGUUAUGUUCCUUCAAAAAAACCAAUAGGGGACAGGAAAAUAAAUGGCACAAAGCAAACAUCAUGCAAAUUUAAAUGAAGAAAAAAAUCAUCAGUAGAUCUUAAUGCUUCUUGACUGCUACAAAGCAUUUGGCCAAUGCAGGGGGGUCAUGUUUUCUUUAUAGGAAGAUCCUGAGAAGAUAUGUUCUUGAUGCAUGGCUCUAAGUCAACACUGUUCAUUCUAUGAUUUCAAUACAUGUGAUCCUAAGCCAGCAAGUCCAGCAGGAAAUCCUUUCCCUGAAGGCAGGUGUCUUCCAAUUGGCCUUUCCUCAAAAGUAUUUCCAAUUGCUCAAUGAAGGUAACAAUAGCAGAGUAUGAAAGUUUAGUGAAAUAUGUAAUUAUAACAUGUCCUAUUUGCACCAGUGGAAGUCUACUCCAGUCUCUGGUGUUUCUCACACUUACUGUGGUAUAUCUGAAAGAAUAGGAUUUAUGUUAUUCCUGAAGAGAUGUGUUACUUUGUGAGACAGGUUUGAUGGUGUUUUCUGAUGGAAAAGGGUUCAACUGUUUUUAUAAAACAAUGGAGCAUGCUUAUCUAUGCAAAGUCAAACUAAUUCUUCACAGAAGAUGAUGAAUUGGAUUUUUUUGAUGAACUAGAUAUUUUUUAUAAGGAUGGAGAUAAUGUUUUGAAAUAUUUUAAUGAAGAAAGGAUUCUUUUUAGGACAAAAAAUUAAUAGGGAGCAGACAGCUUCACUAGUGGCAGGUUAAGAAAAUUGAAUGUGUAUUUUUAUACCAAGGAAUUUUCACUGUGUUUACAGACAGCUUUCCUUGAGAAGUUUCUUUUGUAAGCUUUGUCUUUCAGAGGAAAUGACCAAAUUUCAAAUUGUACAUGGGUAUGUAUGACUAAUGCAAAGUGAGGGUGUUACUAGAGACUCUGUGGCUUAGUUUGCAGAAUGGGUAGCCUCUCAAAACAUAAAAAAUGGACUCUUGGGGAUGAAAUGAAAGGCUGUUGUUAGUUCAAGUAAAGAUAUAUUUUGGUAGAAAAGAUACCUAUUUUCAGUCACCCGAGAUGAUUAUUAUUUAUCCCAUGGACCAGCCUACUUCAGUUAGCAUAGAUUCUUGAUUUUCAAGGUUAGUGAACUGACAUGGGGAAAUACCCUACAGAAAUAAAUGGUACAACCAGGAGCAAGUCCUGUCUUCAGACCCUCUGUUUUCUCUUGUGUCCAUGGGGUACAAGAGAAUACAAAGGACAGUUCAGUGACUAUUCAAGUUUCAGUUCAUCUGCCACAGUUUCCAAUCAAUCACAGCAGCUGGAGGCACAUUCUUGUUAAAAAUGAAAUUCCAGAGGAAGUUUUGUACUUUCAUUUUAGAUUGAAUUACUGAGCAGCAUUAACUUCACCCUCAGCAACCAGAGACAGUGAAUUGUUCCUGAGAAGUGAUCUGAGGUCUGACAGACCGGAUUUUGCAAGUGGAUCCUUCACAUUAUGAUAGAAAAUGAAAAAGUAGCGAAUAUUAAAGAGUACAUUAUGUAUGUUAAGAGUACAUUAUGUAGUUAAAUUGCACUUCUGUUGUUGAUCUCAUAUGGGUUUUAAGAUGCUUAGCUGUUUCUAUUCUUUCAUUGUGCCUACCAGAUGUUCAGCUUUGUAAAAUUUCAAAGCAUGGGUUUAUAUGUAGUUUAAAAUGUGAGAAUGUAGUAAUAAACUAGAGUAUUUUACAGUACAUAAAAACAUUGCUCAGGAAUAGUCAGAGAAAUAUUUUUAGUGGGAUUUUUUUCUUAGCCUGCUGGAGACCAAAUAUGAAAUUUUAAAUUGGUAAAGGCGACAAAUGUACAGUAUUAUAUUUCCAUAUUCAUUAUUUGUGAAGUUACAGUUAAAAUGAAUUGUAGUUGCAUGUACAUUCAGCUCUAUGCAAUUAAAGUGAAACAAUCUGACAUGCUCACAGAUCAAAUAAAUCAGCUGUGUCAGAGGUGCGGUGAAAGUCGAAGGAUGGUAUUCAACACCAGCAAUUGUAGAGGACCAGCACAUUCCAUUGUUCCUAUUUCAUUCUUUUGUUCCAGACUCAUCAUCUAUUUCUCCUUUUUAGGUGAAAGGUUCUUGCAUCCAGUACUAGAAUUUCAAGCUGUGGCCAAAUUCUGCAAGCCUUCAUUAGUCACAUUUUCCUGAUUCACAUUAACGGUAGUGACAGGUAGUAGGCCUGCUGUUGCCAGUAAGCACUACUGUAGUGCAUGAGUUUAACACACUGUUCUAGAGCACUGUUACAAGCACCAAAAGCAAGGUUAGCAGGCUCAAUAAUCAGAGUAGCAAGAUUUUUAAACAAGUUCUGUUAGAUGUAGUUAAUUUGGCAUGUUACUAUAGCUCUGAAAUUUAGUGUAUGCUAAAUUUUCCUCUUGAAACAGUCUGUAUUGAUGCUUUCCUAGGUUAUAAGGAGGGUAUAUAGAUACAGGCAGAUUUUGCAUGAUAACUUCUUAAAGAA